UAAAAAAUAUAAUUGACAGAAAAAAAUAGAUAUACUUCAAAAUGAAAGACUGGAUUCACCCAGCAGCUGGUCCUUGGGCGGUUAGGUUUGGAUAUGGCGUCCUCUUAUUAGGUUUACUAGACGCUAGCGGAACAUUUAACAACGCGCCAUGCAGUCCACAUCCGCACUUGGUCUCUCUUCAUCCCGAAUACUAUCCCAAGACCGUGAAAAUAGACCGUUGCGGCGGUAAUUGUUUUCCACCCACUAUGUAUAGGUGUGUGGCACUGGAAUCUGAAGAUGUAAUGAUGUACGUAGUCGACGAUAAUCUAGAAGACAUUGUACCUAUCAACGUUCUGAAACAUACCAAAUGUGGUUGUGAAUGCGUUAAUACGGCAAAUAACUGUACAAAAGACAACCGCACUUGUCCGUGUAUCUGUAAAUAUGUUAGCCCGCCUAAACCUUGUCCUACUGGAUUGCUUUGGAGUUCACAUGAUUGUGCAUGUAUGUGUCAAAGGCCCCCAGAAGUGUGCACCGUCGAAAAGACUUGGGAUUCAAGACAAUGCAGAUGUUCUUGCAACCGUGAUGCGGUAUCUCGGUGUAACUUGCUGGGCCUCAACAUAACCGACAAAUGCCAAUGUAGUGAAGGACCAAAAAGUAGUGAAAAACCAAAAGCCCCUGCUACGAUAACGCAACCUUUAAGAAACAAACAAAAAGUCAGCCUCGGAUAUCCUCUUGAAAUCACAUGCAUUGCAAGUGGUAAUCCUGUUCCUACUGUUGUUUGGACAAGAACUGGUCAAACUGACAAUUUAUUCAGUGGUAGAGGCAAAGCAAUACUGCAAUUCAAUAAGGUUCUUGAAGAGAACCUUGGAAACUACACAUGUAAUGCUACAAACUACAAAUCAGAUCUGCUGCACUACUUUAUCGAUGCCGAUGUAAUGAAGGUACCUAUCUYUAUUCAAACAAAUGGACAAGCAAGUGACGAAGGGUUAUCAMAACGGUCUCUGAUCAACAUCAUUUGCGGAUGCAUAGCAUUCUUUUUACUAGUCAGCAUCAUCUGCUUUGCUGUUUAUCGACGACAGAAAAAGCAAMUUGAGAAAUUGAGGGAACUGUACUUCCUUAAAACUGGAAAUUCCGACUACGAGGUUGAUCCCAACCGAAGUCUCCUUGAGCAAUGUGAUGACUUGCCCUAUGAUCUGAAAUGGGAGUUCCCUGAAAAAAGGCUAAUUCUUGGUAAACAUCUUGGUUCAGGUGCUUUUGGGCAGGUGGUUCAAGCUGAAGCAAUYGGUAUGACAGCAUUCAARCCUYGUGAAAAGACUSCCAAGGAKGCGAAAAAACGCUUGAAAUUACAACGAUCAAUGACACUUAGCAGAACAAUUGUUGCUGUUAAAACUGUGAAAGUGUUCAUAAGUCUGAUUCUUUCAGGCAGUAAUGCAUCAUUUGGUUUAUUACUAGAUGAGCUAUGA